AUUAAGCCCCCUCUACAUUCUCUACUUUCCCACCCACUCUCUUACUUUUGUGGUGGUAUGGAUAAUUCCAUAAAUUCUGAACCCCAGGUAAACUUUGCCCCCCCAAGAGACUUUGCCACCACGUUGAAAUCGGAUCUGAAAGAAACUUUCUUCCCUGACGAUCCCUUCCGGCAAUUCAAGGACGAUAAACCAACCCGCCGUGUCACCAAAGCUCUACAAUACUUUAUCCCAAUCCUUGAAUGGCUUCCUAAGUACAAUUUACGUUUACUUAGAUAUGAUAUCCUGGCUGGUCUUACCAUUACAAGCCUUGCCAUCCCUCAAGGAAUUAGCUAUGCAAAACUUGCUGAAAUUCCUCCAAUCAUUGGCCUCUAUUCCAGCUUUGUUCCACCUCUUCUAUACGCUGUUUUCGGAAGCUCGAAACAUCUUGCAGUUGGAACAGUAGCAGCGGCAUCAUUGCUCUUAUCGUCAACCCUUGAUGAUGUGGUAUCAUCAAAAGAUAAUCCGGCAUUGUAUCUCCAGUUGGUUUUCACUGCCACGUUCAUCACCGGAGUCUUUCAAACUGCUUUAGGUUUUCUAAGGUUAGGAAUUUUGGUGGACUUUUUGUCGCAUUCCACGAUAACUGGUUUUAUGGGAGGGACGGCUACGAUAAUCUGCUUGCAACAGUUAAAGGGAUUUUUCGGAAUGAACCAUUUUACCACCAAAACCGACGUCAUUUCUGUGAUGCAUGCAAUCAUCAAGAAUAGAAAGGAGUGGAGAUGGGAGAGUGCAGUUGUUGGUAUAGUUUUCCUUAUUUUUCUCCAAUUGACUAGAUAUGUGGCAAAAAAGAAGCCGAAGCUAUUUUGGGUGUCAGCUAUGUCUCCACUGGUGACCGUAGUUAUAGGUUGUCUCUUUGCUUAUUUUGCUCACGCAGAAGAUCAUGGAAUCCAAAUUGUGGGACACUUGAAGAAAGGAAUAAAUCCUUCUUCAAUUCAUUUGUUAAACUUUGAUUCUAAAUAUCUGCCAACAGUGGCGAAAGCUGGGAUUGUAACAGGCCUCAUAGCUCUUGCUGAAGGGAUAGCAAUUGGAAGGAGCUUUGCCAUAAUGAAAAAUGAACAAAUUGAUGGGAAUAAGGAGAUGAUAGCUUUUGGCUUCAUGAAUAUUGUUGGAUCUAUCACUUCAUGCUACUUGACAACGGGACCAUUUUCAAAAACUGCUGUCAAUUUCAAUGCUGGAUGUAGGACUGCCAUGUCCAAUGUAGUAAUGGCAAUUUUCAUGGGGCUCACGCUACUGUUCUUGGCUCCUCUCUUUAGUUAUACCCCUCUCGUUGCUUUAUCUGCCAUUAUCAUGUCGGCUAUGUUUGGACUCAUCAAGUACGAAGAAGCCUAUCACCUCCUCAAAGUGGACAAGUUUGAUUUUGUCAUUUGCAUGGCUGCCUUCUUAGGUGUUUCAUUUGUAAGCAUGGAUGUGGGCCUCAUGCUUUCGGUUGGACUUGGUAUAAUCAGAGCACUCCUAUAUGUGGCAAGGCCUGCUACUUGCAAGCUUGGAAAAGUACCAAACUCAAUCUUGUACCGUGACUUUGAACAGUACCCAGGUUCAACAAAUGUCCCGGGCAUCCUUGUUCUACAACUUGGUUCCCCUAUUUACUUUGCCAACUGCACCUAUAUCAGAGAAAGGAUUUUAAGGUGGAUUCGGGAGGAGCAGGCUAAUAUCGUGUCUAAGGGAGAUAUCCUUGAGAGUGUGUUUCUAGAUUUGACUGGAGUGACUUCCAUCGACAUGACCGGCAUCGAGACCUUAAUUGAAGUACAUAAAACGUUGCAAGCAAAUGAUAUUAAGAUGGCAAUAAUAAACCCGAGGACUAAAGUCAUGGAGAAGAUGAUAACAUCAAAAUUCGUAGACACCUUUGGAAAGAAAAACAUCUUCCUGUCUAUAGAUGCUGCAAUCGACGCAUGUCGAUUUUCACUUCAUAAUUCGAAGCAACAUAAUAACGCCCCAUUACAAUCUUUUGUUGUUUAAGGUAAAUGUAUGUAGUUUCGGAUUGUGAUGUGUAUGGGCCAUGUUAUUUGUAAAAAAGAAAGGAACCUCUCUUUCUAUCAUAAACAUAGCAAUGGCUUCAAUGUUGUAUCAUAGAAUUUGGGGAUCAUGUACUAGUAAAAAAACUACUACAUAAAGUUUUGUCACGGGGGCUUCUCUUUUUAUUCCUUUUAAUAAAACUAUCAAGGUGUAUUUUA